UCGAUAGUGACGCCCCACACCCUCACCCGCCACCCGCUACUCUCUCGCCCACCAGCCGGAGAGGCAAUUUUCCGCAGAAAUCAUAACAGAAAAGAUAGUUGGCGGGCCCUGGGACACCCGGAUUGGCAACGCAUUACGGACUCGGGAGCGUCGUUAUCACUGGCAGUAGCCUCGAGUGCGCAGCAGCGGCGAUAACAACAACAAAUCAGCCCGACAAAAGGAGGAGGCGCAAGAAAGCCAGCAAGCAGGGGAGGAAGCGGAAGAGGAAGAGGAAAAGCAAGAGAGGAAGAGAGGAGGAGAGAGCUGGGAAUAUGUACUUCUGUAAUCAAAGUCUCUUGUUUUGAUUUGUGGAAACGACGGCGUCACACUCGGGGCCUCCAAUAGAGCUCCGGAAUCGGAUCGGAUAAAUCGCAGCCAGCGGAGGAGCAGCGGGCAGCAGUUUCAAUCAACUUGUUGCGGAACGCACUGCUCGCCAGUUAUUGAUUUAAUAUUCGGAGUCUGGUCUGGUCCGGUCCGGGCGUCCGCGUCAAUUGAUCGUUGGAAUCGAAUAGCAGUCGCAUAUCGCAUAUCGCAUAUAGACAGAUUCCAUACCAUAUUUGUGCUCCUUGCUCGGUUUGCACCCGUCAGUGGCCAGUUGCCAGUUGCCCGUUUUCGUUUUCGUUCACGGUUUCCCUUUUCUUGCGUCGUUCGGGGGGUGUUUACGGAAGUGGAGGGCGGCGAGCGGUCCGGACGGAUGGACGGCGGGUCGGAGGGUCGGCGGGGAAUUGACGCAAUUGCUGGGAACUAUUUUUAAUGGGCCCAGUACCCAGUACCCAGUACCCAGUACCCAGUUCGCAGUACCCAGUUGGAAGUCCAAGCCCAAAACCAAACCCAAAAACUAAAAAACAAAAAGAACAAGCAGGCGCCGCACUUGAGCCGCUGAACGCUGUCGAAAAUGUUCGAAACUCAUCAAAAAUUGAGCAGAAGCAGUAUUGAUACGACGUAGAGCGACGUAGGAUUCGGGCCCCGGACACCGGAGAGAGCAGUUGUCACCGGAGUUCGGACCACGCACUGGACACAAUGGAGCACGACCACGACCACGACCACAACGACGACGGCGACCACGAGCACGAGCCGCGCCGUCGCCUGCCCCUCUUCCCCAUCGAACCGGAGCCGCCGAUGACGCCCACCCAGCGCCUGACGCUCCUGGCAACACGCCUGCUACGUGCGCUGCAGCUUAACUGGAGGAUUAUCAUUUCCGGAAUCACGCUGACACUCUUGGCCGUCAUCUGGUAUUAUCCGACCUUCUUUCUGUUCUUCGCCUUCGUCGUCUAUUCCCUGGUGCUGGUGGUGGCGGCUGUGGCCGGCACCGUCUAUAUCCAUUAUAUAUUCACCACCAACGAGCCGACGCGCCCGAGUCGCGUGCCCUCGCGACUGCUCUACAACGCCACCAAGUGCAACAUCUUCGACCUGCCGAAGCCCAUCAAGAACCCAUCGAACCUGCCCCUGAUCUUCGGCAAGACCGUGGACCUGCAGCUGCAGCAGAUCAUCGAGUAUGUGCUGCGCGACUUCAUGCUGCCCUGGCUGGGAUACGUGGUCACGAAGCCCAAGCUGAUAAACGAUGUGGUGCGCGAGGACCUGUGGAACGCCAUCCAGAAGAUCCACGAGCGGGCCACCAAGAUGGAUGCUGCCAAGAUCAUAGCCGUGGACAUGGUCAACCGGGUGACGGUGCACCUGGAGAAGAUCCGCAUAGCGGAGGCCAGAGCGGCCGAGACCAACACGGUGCCGGUCUUCAGCACCAACAGCUACCUGGCCGACGAGGAGAGGGAGAUGGAGUUCCUCCGCAAGCUGUGCGAGAUCAUGGUGAUCCUGCUCCUGCCCCGCGGCUACUCGCUGCCCCCGCUGAAGGUCCUCCUCAGCGAGAUCCUAUCCUACAAGAUCUUCUUUCCCAUGAUCAAGAUGCUCACCGCGCCGGACUACAUCAACCAGAAGGUGGUCCAGAACAUAGAGACGCGCCUGGCGGCGGCCGCGAUGAGCAAGCGGAGCUACGAGUACGCGGCCAGCUUCGAGGACUUCCUCAAGAUCAUCAACAGCUCGGGCAGCCUGGAGGACCUCUCGCUGAUCCGCAAGAGCAUCGUGAACGACCUGAUGCACGCCACCACCAUGCAGAACCUGCAGCGCGCCAAGGGCCUGGACCCCGACCACGAGGACCACUCGCUCUCCAAGGCGGAGCUGACCGCCGCCGUCCGGCUGAAGCGCUACGUCCGCCAGCUGACGACCGCCAAGGUCGAGUGCGAGAAGAACCUGGCCAAGUUCGGCUGGAACGGCAACUACUCCAGCGACGUCGACCUGACCCUGGUCGAGAUCCUGAACACGGCGGUGGGCCGGCGCUACUUCACCCUGUUCCUGGAGCCGCUCAAGGCGAGCGCCCUGAUCGGCUUCUACCUGGCCGUGGAGGAGAUCAAGCACGCGCACAAGUCGGCCAGCCACCAGCUGGGCACCGAGAUCUUCUACACGUACAUCCGGGUGCCCAAGUCCGAGAUCCAGAUCGACCGCCACGAGCGCAAGCUGAUCGAGACGUUCCUGCUGGGCGACGCCGACCCGGACAUCUUCUACGAGAUCCAGCGCAACGUCCUCCGCACCCUGGAGGAGAAGUACUACCCGCCGUUCGUGCUGAGCGACCAGUACCGCCAGCUGAAGGAGGCGCUCGACUCCAACGAGAUCGCCGAUCCCACCCUGCUGAUGUGCCCCACGAUGGGGGGCGAGUCCGCGGAGCAUCUGGCCGACGAGCACGGCGCUGGGGGACUGGAUGGCGUGAACGGAACGGGAAUGGCCGGAGGCAGCGCUGCGGCCGGCGGAGGAGCCAUCGACGUGGCCGCCCACACUUCGUACGCCCGCCGGAAGCUGGAGCAGAUCCAGGAGCGCAUCGACAAGAAGAACCAGGCGCUGGACGCCCUCAAGUACUCGGUGAAGCCCGAGUCCAAGGUCCUGUCCAUACUCGAGAAGGAGAUGGAGUGGCUGAAGAGCGAGAAGCGCCAGACGGAGGCGCACCUGCGGCGCACGGACGCCUGGACGGAGCACCUGGGCAAGUGGAAGGCGACCAUUCAGAGUGCGGAGGUGUCCGACGAGGAGUCCCUGCAGUUCAUGAUCCUGGUGCACGUGGACGAGGACAUCAAUGCUCCGCCCCAGCCCACGACCUCCAAGAACGGAGAUCCGGGCCACGUGGCCGCCAAUCUGCGCAAGCGUCCGUCGGGCAUCUCCAGCGGCUGGGUGGUGAUGCGCUCCCUCAACCAAGUGCAUGAGCUGCAACGCAAGCUGCGGCACGUGAGCUCCAACCUGAAGGCCCUCGACCUGCCCACGAACUUCAAGUUCUUCUUCCUGAAGACCGACCGCCACGGCCAGGACAAGGCCAAGGCGCAGAUCCAGAAAUUUCUCAACUUCAUUCUGGAGGACGACCACCUGAACGGCAGCGAGGCCAUCUACACGUUCCUGAGCCCCAGCUCGGACCACCUGAAGCAGUCGCUGCCGUCGCCCAAGAAGAGCAAGUUCUCUCUGGCCACCCUCUUUCGGAGCGACGGCGGGAAGGCCAGCCACGAGGCCGCCAGCCGGGCCACCGAUCCCUUCUGGGGGCUGCAGCGCGACGACGAGGACAUAUCCACAUACCUGGACGGGGAGUCCGGGGGCGAGGCGAAGCUGCUGGCCGCCGACCUGGACAGCAAGGACUCGAUUGCGGAGCCGAUGUAUGCGCUGAUGGGCGAGAUCUUCGACAUGGGCGGCGUCUUCAAGUGGCUGCGCAAGAGCCUCAUUUCCUUCGUCCAGAUCACGUACGGCCGGACGAUCAACCGGCAGAUCCGCGAGUCGGUGGCCUACCUCUUUGAGGAGUCCAUGCUGCACAACUACUUCUCGGCGAUCCUGAAGUCCUUCUGGCCGGGCGGCGUCCUGGCCAGCGCCUACCCGACCCGGUCCGAGGACAUGCGCGAGAUGACGGCCACGGCGGCCAAGGCCCUGCUCACCGACCACAUCCCGGAGGUGCUCUGCAACCUAGUGGGCGCCCAGGCCGCGAAGAAAGGAGUCCUCAAGGUAUUCGAGGCCCUGCAGAAUCCCGCCUACAACAAGCAGCUCUUUUACGAGCUGCUGGAGAUCUUGAUGAUCGAGUUUUUCCCGGAGAUCCGACAGCUGCGGGUGAACAACAACAACUCCAACGGCACCAAGCUGAACACCGCCACUGCCGGGGCGGCGGCUGCUUCGGCGGCAGCUGCCCUGGCCGCGGCCACGGCGGCCGCCACGAUGCCCUCGCUGAGCCACAGCGGCGGGGGCAGUGCCUCGGCCAGUGCCGGGGGCCAGAACCACCACCACCACCAGGGCGCUUCGUUGGCCGCAGGAGGCGGCGGAGGGGUCUCCCUGACCGGCGCCGGAGGAGGAGCUGGUGCGGGAGCCGGCGCGGCCGGGGGAUCCUCGCACCAGCAGUCGCACUACCACCACGCAGCAGCCCACCACCACCAGCACCACCACUCGCAGGCCGGAGGCUCCAAGUAGGCCUCCACGUAGCCCGCUUCUUUUCGUUUCUUGUUCGUCUCCGAAGAGUUACCUUUGACGUAAUCCGUUGUGUUGGCUUUCAUCGACGUUGGAUGCUCCCUCCCCCUGGGAGUGGUGACUUAGACAGGGACGGAUGCUAGGAGUUCCGUGCCCCGCACUGCUCUACUUCGUAGGACACCGCACUCAGUAGCCAUCGGAAGUGGCAGAUCACGAACCCUGCUCCCAUUACUUCCCAGUCCAAUGUCCUUUCCGUGCACACCCGUUGCGUAUAUGUAUAUGUGUAUGUGUAUGUGUAUCCGUAUCUGUAUCUGUAUAUGUCUGUACAUAUUCUGUGUAUCUGUAUGUAGGCCAGUAUUAAGCGUUGUACCAAAUCGUUAUUUAUAUACACUCGUGUAGUGAACUCUGUGACCACACUCGGCUUUGAUUGACUCGUAGUUGUAGAUUAGAAUCCCCUGGUUCCCCGAGUUCCAAGCUCCAUUCCGCGCAGAGGACCUGAGGCGGCGAGAUUAGUGCGCUCCACGGCUGGGAACGGCUGGUCACAAGCUUGUAGUCUUAAGAUUCGGAACAGGGUCAGAGCCGCCAAGAGCUACUCUAAGUUUGUUGUGUUUUAGCCAAGAUUGUUGUUUAGAUUCCGCAUUCAGGUUUUAAUUUAUUUUACGUACUCUUAUUUUAAUGGUUUUAAACGUGACAGUGCUAUUUGUUUCCUUCUCCAUUGUUACCCCCUUAUUUCCAACUCCAACACAAUAAAAUGUUACAUCCCACUUUCCAUCGUUUAUUCUUCAAACUAGCUCUCAGCGAACAGUCUUGCGAGAAAGUCUUGUGUAUUCUUAGAUCCUAGCACGGGCACCCAGUAGCUCUCCCCCACAUCCGCCAAGCCAGUUCCCAACCCCGGGCCCCGUCCCGGCAGCUUACGAGUCUAUUUGUGUAUUCCAGUUGUACUGUUUUGUGUGAGAACUUGCGAAAUAAAGAGCGCUCUUUGUGUA